AUAUCAAAUAAUUCAAACAACCCUUUCCCUCUUUCUCUCUAUCUAUAUAUACUCUCUAUACCAUCACUUCCCUGAGUCUCAAACUCUCUCUCCCUUCCUCCUUCUCCGUCGCCGGCCAUGGCUUCUCUCUUCAAAUCCAUCCUCCUCUUCAUCAUUGCCAUGCUUGCAGCCUCCUCCGCCGUGGCGGCGAAGGUGUGCGAUACAAAGAGCUUCAGUGCCCAGGGCUUGGACAUGACCCAAUUCGGCUACUGUGAUAAAUCCUUGGGCUAUAGAGUCAGAGCGAAGAACCUCGUCGAUACGAUGACGAUUGAGGAGAAAGUUAAGCAAUUGGGGAACCAGGCACCCGGAGUUCCUCGGCUUGGCAUCCCGGCUUACAACUGGUGGUCGGAGAUCCUUCAUGGAGUCUCUGACGUCGGUGGGGGCUCUAAUUUCAAUGGCCCCGUUCAUGGAGCCACUAGUUUUCCCACCCCCAUAACCACCACUGCCGCUUUCAAUGAAGAUCUCUGGAACAAGAUUGGAAAAGCGGCGUCCACUGAAGCAAGAGCGAUGAACAAUUUAGGAGUUGCAGGAUUGACAUUCUGGAGCCCUGUGAUCAAUGUGGUUAGAGAUCCAAGGUGGGGAAGAACCCUAGAAACAUCUGGUGAGGAUCCUUUUGUUAAUGGCGUAUAUGCUGUGAACUUUGUUCGCGGUUUGCAAGAUGUUGAAGGGUCUGAAAACGUGAAGGAUCCGAAUUCUAGAGAUCUUAAGGUUGCAGCUUGUUGCAAGCAUUAUGCUGCUUAUGAUAUUGAUCAAUGGGUCACAUAUGGUGGCGCUGUUUGGGAUCGAUUCCACUACAAUUCUAACGUUACUGAGCAAGAUAUGGCGGAGACUUUCCUUCGUCCUUUUGAGAUGUGUGUGAAGGAGGGCGAUGUUAGUAGUGUGAUGUGUUCAUACAACAAAGUGAAUGGUAUUCCAACUUGCGCUGAUUCAAGGUUGCUUUCAGGAACAAUCAGAGGAGACUGGAAUCUCCAUGGUUAUAUUGUCUCGGAUUGCGAUUCAAUUGAGGUUAUGAUGGAUGCUCAUAAAUUCAUUGAUGAUGCUCCCGAGGAUGCAGUUGCUCAAGUUCUUCAAGCUGGUCUGGAUAUGGAUUGCGGGUCUUUCUAUCCGAACUAUUUGCAAUCAGCAUUGGACAAGGGGUUGAUUAAAGAGAGUGACAUUGACAAGGCCUUGAUUAACACCUACGUUGUGUUGAUGAGGUUGGGAUGGUUUGAUGGUCAUAAGGUAUUUGACUCACUGGGAGCCAAAGAUGUUUGCUCAAAGGAGCAUAUGGAUUUGGCAACAGAUGCAGCAAGGCAAGGAAUGGUUCUUUUGGCUAAUGCUGUAAAUGGACCUAAUCAUCUCCCUCUUGAUCCCAAGAAGCACAAGGAAAUUGCUGUUAUUGGUCCUCAUGGUGAGGCCACAGCGGCGAUGCUUGGAAACUAUGCAGGUAAGCCAUGUGGAUUCGUUACACCCGUUGAUGGUCUCAAGAAAUACGCUGCCAAUAUUGUCUACGAAACUGGCUGUGGUGAUGUGCAUUGUAGGAAUACCACUUUUAUCUGGCCAGCAGUGAGAGCAGCCAGAAAAGCAGAUGCUACAGUGAUCAUUACCGGAUUGAAUCUUGACAUUGAGGCUGAAGGGAAUGACAGGGUUGAUCUUGAGCUCCCUGGUUACCAAAAUCUGAUGAUCAGAAUGGUUGCUGCUGAAGCCAAAGGACCCGUUAUUCUUGUGAUUCUCUCCGCAGGAGGUGUUAACAUCGCAGAAUUCUCUGAGUCACCCAACAUCUCUGCCAUUCUCUGGGCUGGUUAUCCUGGCCAGCAAGGUGGUCAAGCCAUUGCUGAUGUUAUUUAUGGAAAAUAUAAUCCAGCAGGAAGACUACCAGUCACAUGGUUUGAAGGAGACUAUGUAUGGAAGCUACCAAUGACUUCAAUGCCAUUGAGGCCUAUUGACGAGCUCGGCUACCCUGGAAGAACUUACAAAUUUUUCAAUGGAUCAACUAUCUAUCCCUUUGGCCAUGGAUUGAGUUACACAAACUUCAGCUACAAACUGAUCUCUAAUCAGAGAUCCAUCACCAAGAAGCUAGCAAUUAACCAGCACUGCCAACAACUGCACUACAAUUCUUCUGCAUAUAUCCCUCCUUGCCAUUCAGCCUUGGCUGAUGACCUCAAGUGUGAUAAGGAUGACAUUACUAUUCAGAUUGCUGUGACAAACACAGGUACUAUGGAUGGAGAUGAUGUUGUGAUGCUCUACUCCAGUGCACCACAUGGAAUCAUUGAUGCUCCAAUCAAGCAACUUGUUGGAUUUCAGAGAGUGUUUGUUCCUGCUGGUAAAACUGUGAAUGCAACUUUCAGCCUCAAGUCUUGCACUGCACUGAGCAUCGUUACAUCCUCUGCAUACGUUGUUGUUCCUUCCGGCGAGCAUACCUUCUCUGUUGGCAGUGAGCCUGAUCAGCCAAACUACCUCCACUUCCCUUUCCAAGUCUACAUUAACUAGAAUGAAUCUUGUUUAGUUCUCGUUUUUUUUUUGUUUAGAUAAUUAAUUGAGUCUCAUUCAACUUUGGGUUGAAUGUAGGUAGAUAAUGUUAGAAUAAGGUAGAAUAAUAGUUUUUCUUUUCUUCUUUUUCGAACAUGUGAUUUGGAUAUUUUUUUCUCUCUUCAAUAUAGUUUACUAUUAUUUGCUAUCAUGUGUUGCUAGACAUUGUCAUGGAAUGAGCAUGGGCAAUAUUAACAAU